AUGAGUUCAAAAGUACACUCAGUUGAUGUGGAAAAAGAUGCUUUCUCAAAUGCUAUUCCUGAGAUUGAAAUUCUGAAGAGAAGAAAGAAAGAAGAGAUAGAGAAACAACAAGUUCUUGAAAUACAGGAACUUGAAAAAGCAAGUAAAAUUCUUGGAAAGCAGUGUCUGAGUGAGAUGAAUGAAGAAGUUCUGUUAAUUCUUCAUACUCAGGCUAGACAACUACAGGAAGUGAUCAAGUUCAAACUUGGAAUUUCAAACACAAAGAAAACAUAUGCUCAAGCAGCUGAAUCUGCUGUCUCUAAACCUGCUGUCUCUAAACCUACUGUCUCAAAACCUGCUCAAAAUUCUGAGAAAACUGAGAAGAAUACUGCUCAUGCCUCUAUUCAUAGAAAAGUGGAAAAGAAAAUGCAAAAAGAGAAAAACUUCCAAAUCUUCAGAAAUAGAAGACUUAUUCUCAAAGUCUCAAACCAGGACAUUCUGCAAAGAAACAAGCUAAACUCAAAUCUCAUUUUCAGAAUCAGAAAUGAAAUUAACCAGCAGUUCUUUUCUCAGUUAAUGACUGAUAUUGAAGUUCAAAAACCAGUUAUAGCUUCAAUUGAACCAUCAUUCUUUGAAAACUCCAUCAUUCUGACUACAAUGCCUGAAUUCAGUGCUGAAUUCCUUAUUCAGAAUGAGAAUCUCUGA